AUGAGGCGGCGGGGCGCGGUGCAGCGGAAGGUGCCGUGUCUGUUCGUGACCGAGGUGAAGGAGGAGCCGUCGUCCAAGCGGGAGCGCCAGCCCUUUAAAGUUUUGGCAACUGAAACUAUAACUGGAAAGGCGUUAGAGGCAGACAUAUACAAUGCAAUUCCUACGGAAAAGGUGGACGGCACCUGCUGUUAUGUAACUGCCUAUAAAGGGCAACCCUGUCUAUGGGCCAGGCUGGAUCGAAAACCCAACAAACAAGCUGAAAAAAGAUUUAAGCGAUUCUUGUAUUCAUUGGGAGAUGGCAAAGAAUUUGUUUGGAAUGUUGAAGAGGAUUUCAAGCCUGUUCCAGAUACCUGGAUUCCAGCAAAGGACAUAGAGUUCUCUAAUGGCAAUCCUUUGCCCGAUGAAAACGGACAUAUGCCAGGUUGGGUGCCUGUGGAGAAAAAUAGUAAGCAGUAUUGCUGGCACUCAUCUGUUGUAAAUUAUGAGGCUGAAAUAGCACUGGUAUUGAAACACCAUGCUGACCCAGGGCUUCUGGAAAUCAGUCCGGUGCCAUUAUCAGAAAUUUUAGAACAAACAUUGGAGCUUAUUGGGACUAAUAUUAAUGCAAAUCCAUAUGGAUUAGGAAGCAAGAAGCAGCCUGUACAUCUUCUUGUACCACAUGGAGCAUUUGAAAUAAAGAAUCCACCUACUUUGACACAAAAUGACAUACUGUCUUGGUUUGAAGGCUGCAGUGAGGGUAAAGUUGAAGGAAUUGUGUGGCACUGCCAUGAUGGGUGUUUAAUCAAGCUCCAUCGCCAUCAUCUUGGUUUACGCUGGCCACUUGCAGAGACAUACCUGAAUUCUCAGCCUGUUGUAAUUUCUUUUAAUAGAACUAAAUAUGACUGUGACUUUGAACCAAAGAGUUUGUUUCACCAUUUUUCAAACUUGGAUGGUCAAAGAUUUGACAGACUCAAAGAUAUCAAGUUUGAUGCUUGAAAUGAUUUUUCUCUAAGUUGUCGUAUGUGCUGCAUUCCUCUUACUUGUGUCUACCACAGAACUCUUUACAAAUAAUCUUCUAGCUUAGGCAGCAGGCUAGGUACUGUAUGAUUUUAAGUUUUUCCUAAAUGACUAAUUUUAUAUAACGAGAGAUCCGACAUCCAGAGCAGAGAUCUAGCUUUCAGCAUGUUUAUUUUCAGUUCUGAAAAAUCCUUAACUUCUGAACCCGUUUCUGGAAACUGUUACAAUUAAGUGUAACAGUGUGUUGUCUAACACUGGCUGGUCCUAAUAGCUUAGCUAAUGAAUGCAAUCAACUAUCAAAGUUCCAUAGGUGGCACUUCUAUAAAUAUAAUUAUUAAGACACUGUUAUAUGUAGGAUUCAGAGUUAGGAUCUAGUUGUUUCUUAACAGUAAAGGACAUAUUUCAGGUGGGACCAGAAUUAAUCCUGAAAUUUGAUAAUUUUUUUUAAAGUUAUAACAAUUUCUUUUGGGGGAAAACUUCACUGUAUUAUUUAACUGGUAAGCUGCAGCAUUAUGCUAUUACUUCAAAACCUAAUUAAGCUAUAUCCUACAGGUACUUCCACCAUUUUGAGACAAAAAGAGUAAAUAAUAGAAAGUAUACGAGUUCUAUUUUGGAGAUCCUUAGUAAUUAGAGAGAGAUAACUUGGCUUAAUAAUACCCAUUUUCAGACUGCAUCUCAAUUAGGAAACUUCAUCAAGGGCAUAUUAAGUAAGAUGGCGUAUAAAUAAUAAAGGUGAGAAUGCAUGAGCAUUUGAGUUGGCUUU